GAAUGUUUAAAGAAGUAAAACAGAAAACGUGCAGUAUUUCUUUUCAUGGUAAACUAGAAAUUUAAAAAUAUUCCUACCAUUUUAUUCGAAAUUUUCGGGACCCUUUUUCAUUACAAAAUAAUAGAUACAUAAAAUAUUUUUAUUAGCAUUACUACAUGGCAUCACUCCCUAUAAUUUAUUUUACCUGAGAUGAUCCACUAGUAAUCGAAAUUUAGAAACAAGCGUUUUCAAAAAAAGUGACUUGUGUAAUAAAUAAUUUAAUAUGAAACUUUUGGGACUAACACAUCUUGUAAAUGCACGAAAAUAUGGAUGAAACUAGGUAAAACUAUCAAUCCCAUAUAUUAUCUUAAUUAUUUAUAUGGGAUUUAAAUUAGCUAAACCUUUCAUUAUGCAUUGUUUAUGUAGGAAAUUAGAAAACUGCAAUCAUACUCUUUAUCAAAAGAAUAACACAAACACAAAACUUUUUGGGUAUUUGAUUUAGUUUUUAUAUAUUGACAAAGUUGUUAGUUCCUAUUAUUUUUAUUUUAAUUGCGAGAAGAUAAGCUUUACUUGAAAAAGUGCUAUAAAUAAUAACCCCUACUUAUAAGAUGUUCUGAAACUGCAAAUUUCAAUACAUAUAAAAAAACCGUGAGUAGAUACUGGUACAAUGAAGAACUCAGAAGAUGUUGAAAGGAAAGAAGUAUUAUAUACGGUUAUUACAGAUGGAAUUGAAAAAACUGAUUCGGCAGUUGGUAGAGUAGGUAUUCGACAUUACCAAGCAAUGCUGUACUUUAUCUUACUGUUCGUUGCUUUUGGAUUUAGAGUUAGUUUGUCUGUAUCCAUUGUUGCCAUGACAGAUCCAGAAGCAAGCAGAAAUCCGGACGUGCCAACGUACACCAAUUGGACUAAUAAAGGAGUAAUCUUAUCAGCAUUUUUUUGGGGUUAUGUUUUACCACAAGUUAUGGCCGGAUAUGUAGCAAGUAGAUUUGGACCAAAAUGGUUUUUGGUUGGCACAAUGGGCAUUCACAGUAUUCUAGGGUUAUUUCUACCCCUAACAGCUGCAAAAUUUGGCUCAACUGGUUUAAUAAUAAACCGUGCUUUGCAAGGUUUUUGCCAAGGAUUUUUUGUACCUUGUUUGACUUAUUUUCUUAGCCAAUGGAUACCUAAAGAAGAAAGAUCAAGAAUAUCGAUGUUCUGUUACGGAGCUAUACCUUCAGGAACAGUAGUGGGCAUAAUAGCAUCCGGUGUUAUUGCUGGCAGUUGGUACGGCUGGCCUAUGAUAUUUUAUCUAUAUGGUAGUUUAGGUUUAAUAUGGACAGUGCUGUAUAGUUUUCUUGCAUACAAUACACCUCUGGAACAUCCAUCUAUUAGUACAGAGGAGAAAGAAUACAUCAGAAAUAGUUUAGGUCAUUCAAGGUCUGUUGUUGAUAUUUAUAUUGUGUUUUAUAAUAGUUUAUUGUCGUCGUUGCCUUAUUUGAGUUUUUGGAUUUUGGGACAAACAAUGAGCUUCGUUUCUGAUUAUAUAAUUAAUAAGAAAAUUGUUAGUCCGGGAGCUGCACGAAAAAUAUUUAGUUCAAUAGGUUUAUUUGUUCCUUCGGCAGCAUUAAUUUUACUGGGGUAUACGAAAGCUGACCAAACAAUUCAGGCCGUAUGUCUCCUAGUCGCUUCCGUAGGAUUUCUGUCCGUAAGCAACCUAGGUUGGGCAUUGAACCAUAUGGAUUUAUCACCCAACUAUGCGGGAUUGCUGAUGGGGCUCAUUAAUGCACUCUCUAACAUAUUUUCUAUUAUUGCUCCGUUAAGUGCACAAAUCCUUAUAACGGACGAAAAACAGUUCUUCCUCUAUUUGCUCCUUUCAUUCACGAAAUAUACCAUGUCUAAAGUGAAUGUACAUAGUUUAAAAUUUGUCGAAUAUAUGGAAGUUGGUACAAAUAUACAGAGUGAAGGAAAAGUGCCGAUAGUUGGUGUCAGACAUGUUCAAGUUCUGCUAAGUUCUUUCUUAGUAUUUACUGCUUUUGGCUUUAGAAUCGCAUUGUCUGUAGCUAUCGUGGCAAUGACAGAUUCAACAGCUAGUAAAAAUCCUGAUAUUCCAACGUAUCAGUGGAAUGAUAAAAGUGUGAUUCUUUCGGCAUUCUUUUGGGGUUACAUAAUACCCCAAAUUUUUGCCGGCUGGGCAGCAAAUACAUUUGGAGCAAAAUGGAUUCUUUUUGGCUCAAUAGGCACCCAAUCAAUUUUAGGUAUUUUAAUACCUGUCACAUCAGACAAAUUUGGUUCCAAAGGUUUAAUGGCAAGCAGAGCUCUACAGGGUCUUAGCCAAGGUUUUUUGAUGCCAUGCUUAAUUCAUUUUCUAUGCCAAUGGGUACCAGUUCAAGAGAGAUCGAGACUAUUCAGUGUUGCAAUGGGAGGUUCAAUGUUUGGUACUGUAACUUCUAUGUACAUAACGGGUAUAAUCUCAGCUAGUUGGUAUGGAUGGCCUAUGGUAUUUUACAUUUACGGUGUGCUAGGCAUGUUUGCUUGCAUUUUAUUUGCUGUAUUUGCUUAUGAUAGUCCAGCAGAACAUCUAAGCAUAAGCCAAGCAGAAAAAUUCUAUAUUGAAGGUAGUCUAGGACAUGACGACGAAAAAAAAAGCCAUUGUGUCCCUUGGAAAGAAAUAUUUACCUCUGUACCUUUAUGGGCUCUUUUUAUAACCCAGUGUGGUUACAACUAUUGCUUCUGGACGUUAUUGACUCAAAUUCCCAGUUAUAUUAGUCAUGUAAUGAAUUUUAACAUUAAAGAUAACAGUGCACUGUCAGCACUCCCAUACCUAACAUUCUGGAUCCUCGGAUUCUUUUUCAGUUAUAUCUCGGAUUAUCUGUAUAACAAGAAAAUUUUUAAAGUAACUACUUGCAGAAAAUUGUUUAACACCUCUGGUAUGGUACUUUCUGCAAUAGCUUUGGUAUUUUUGGGAUAUACCACUCCAGACCAAGUGACUGAUGCUGUUGCCCUUCUCAUAACAGCUGUUGCGGCAAGUGCACUAUGUGUUUGUGGCUGGUCAGUAAACCACAUGGAUCUAUCACCUAAUCAUGCCGGAACCUUAGUGGGAAUUACAAAUGGCUUCUCUAAUAUUGCCUCCAUUUUUGCUCCACUUAUUGUCCAUUUGGUCGUUACAAAUGAAAGUGAUCCUACGCAAUGGAGAACCAUAUUUAUUAUCGUAGCAUCUUCCAACAUAAUAACAUCUUUAGUUUUUGCUAUAUUUGGUUCUGGUAAAGUACAACCUUGGAACGAAGAUUCGGAUAAUAAAUAA